UGGUAACUCCCCUUCUUAAGGCUACAUCCUCCACUCCUAACUUCUCUUCAAAUGACUACUAAGUUUUAAAGAUAAUUUGAGAUAAGAACAGCAGGAUUGGGCCCCUUCUCCCCAAAUCAUACUGGUCUAAAUGAGAGUAUGCAAGGAUGGAGAUCCAUAGCUCCUGUCAUCCUAUAGAUGCUGUGAAGAUGCCAGGGGCUUCCCAUUGAUUUCCUUGGGAACAGGGUUGAAACCAAAAGCUUGGAAACCUUCAAAUGUUUCUCACAUGUUUAAGAAUUAAAAUCAGUGCUUCCAGUUGAGCCCGUGCAUGUUAACAGGGUCAGGGCAUAGGUGAGGCCCGAUCUGUUCCCAUUCAUCUCAAGAGGACAUCAGCUCUGAGGCCUAGUGAUGAAGUUGAAAAUAGUGUCAGUGUAACGUGUGGCUGCUGUUCCAGACUCACUGAUGGGCUGGCGAUUGAGCGCCCGUGUGGAAGAAAGCGCCAAAGUGAUCCACUCUCGCGUGUCAGAAGCCCUUGAGAAAGUGUUUCUCAGGCCGGGAUUCUCCAUCCUCUCACCUGUGUACCACUGCCAUGCUCAUCCCUACGUCCGAAUGGGUUUGUGUCACUUGACACGUCCCGUGGUGUUUUACCUUUGAGAUGACUUUCACCCCACAGCCAAAAUAGUAUUUUACACUAAGGGUCUGCGUACGCUCAGGUCGAUUGAACUGAGUUAGCCAAGUGUGAAGACAAGGUAACUUUGGUUUUACUUCAGGUUAGCAGCCUGGUAUUGAAUUCAAGGUCUUAACCCAGGUAAAACCCCAGUUAAUGUGUCUUUAUGGCUCUUUUAAGUUGCAUUAGCUAACUCAGUUUAGCCAACAUGAGUUAAGAGCACAGUGCAGAUGAACAGCGAUGCCAAAGAGUUAAAUUCCACAUAAUAUAAAUUGAGGAACAAGACCGUGGAAUAAAUGAUCCUGUUAAAUUCCCCAUGAACACAGACCAUGGAAAGACAAUACAACCUACCGUGAAUCACUCGCAGAGAUGCUCAUUGUCUCGAACGCUUCCAGACAAUAAGAGAGGAGGUUCCACCACUUCCAGUGCCCAGAAGCACAGAAACAAGAAAUACAAAGCAGGGGAGCCCAAAUCGUGAAUGGUGAUGGAGAACAUCUCCUUCCCCUCACCCAUCUCUAUCAUCUCCACCGCUCAGUAUGAGAACGCCACCGAACACAAAGAUUACUAUUCCAGCCUUCAAAAGAGCAUGCAUAUCCUGUCCAUGGUGGUCUACAGCAUUGCAUGUCUGCUGGGGGUGACAGGAAACGGCCUCGUCAUCUGGAUCACCAGCUUCCGGAUGAAGAAGACAGUGAAUGCCGUGUGGUUUCUGAACCUGGCUGUGGCUGAUUUCAUCUUCACUUUUUUCCUGCCCUUCAGCAUUGCCUACACUGCUCUGGGCUUCCACUGGCCCUUUGGGAAGCUCCUGUGCAAAUUAAACAGCACCAUUGCCUUCCUCAACAUGUUUGCUAGCGUCUUCCUUCUCACGGUCAUCAGCAUGGAUCGGUGCGUUUCACUUGUCUUCCCUGUGUGGUCUCACAACCACAGGACACCCAAAUUGGCUUCCAACAUUGCCCUGGUGACAUGGGUCCUUGCCCUCAUCAUGAGCUCUCCGUAUCUUGUUUUUCGAGACACAGCUACUCAUUCCAAGAACAUCACCAGCUGCUACAAUAACUUUGCCCUGUCUGAUGAUUAUAACUCGGAGGCAGCACGGAGGCUGUGGAGGAUGAGGCACGAAGCGAUGAUUGUAACCAGAUUCCUCUGUGGGUUCCUCAUCCCCUUCAUGGUGAUCCUCAUCUGCUACACCAUCUUUGCUAUCAGGUUGAAAAGGAGACGUUUAGUGAGAUCCACAAAGCCUAUCCGGAUCAUCAUUGCUGUCACUGUGUCUUUCUUCCUCUGCUAUUUCCCAUACCAUGUCUUCUCCAUGAUGGAAAUGUCCAAACACUCUUCCAGUCAUGAGCUGAAGAUGGCCCUCUACAUCGGGUUCCCCCUGGCCUCCAGCCUUGCCUUCUUCAACAGCUGCAUCAAUCCAAUCCUGUAUGUCUUUAUGGGGCAGGAUUUCAGGGACACAUUUCAACAGUCCAUCCUCUCUGCCUUUGAGGGGGCCUUCAGCGAGGACUCUGUCCUGGCCAGCCUGGCUAGCAAAAGAAAAUCCAGGUCUGCUUCAGAGGCAGAGAUCCCAGGGGUUUAGUUAGUAGCUCCUAUAGUAAGUCACAAGGGGCCCAGUUCUGUCUGCUGUUACACAAUUACAGUUGCUACUGCUUUCCGUCAGUGCUACGCUUGUGGAACUGAGGACAGAAAUGAGCUGCGAGUUGUUAAGGGUGUGAUUCAGCUUUUGAGAUGAGUGCAGAACCUAGUGUGUCUUCACGUACCAGGGAUGUAAAAUAGCUGGAUGGGGGUGGCACAGGCUGUCAAAGUAGCUACUUUCACAUGCUGCCCUUUGCAUGCUAUCAGCUUGGGUUUUUUUCUCUUUUCCUUUUGUCAAUCCUCUUGUUGUGCCAGUCACCCUCUGUCUCCAGAACCGUUCCUGUUUCACAUCCCCUCUGAGGAGCAGAUGAGCGCAAGUUACUCCGUUUUGGCCUCUGCUCACUGUUCAGCUGGAAACCCUAGCACCGAAGGUGGCUCAGUCAGCUGUGCCCGCUUCUACCUGACAAUGAAUCAUGUCUUUUUUUACGGCCUUGCCCUGCUACAGUUUUCUCUUUGGAAAACCCAAUAUUCAUUUAGCAAAAUGUCAUAUUGAAAAGACAGAGAGGCCAUUUCAGAGUUCCCUUUGCUAGUACUGAGACCUGAGCAAUUCAGUGCUGUUAUCCUGCGCAAGCUUUCAGAACGUGAGCAGCUGACCCAAUAACCUGAAGAUUUGUAUACAGGCAACCCACGUUUAGCGCUCUUAAUUGGUUCCUGAAAAGCCGAGCGAUAAGUGAAAAUAGUGUUAAGUGAAACCGAAAGUUUUUGAUGACCCAAGAUGGCGACAGCAAGCACUUUGAUGACCCAAGCAAAGAUGGUGACCAUGAGCAUUAUACUGAAACUCGCUGAGUGGAAUCAGGCAUCAAUUUAAAACGAGUGUUAUAGUGAAAUAGGGCUAAGUGAAACAGCGUUAAGCGGGGGUUGCCUGUGCUUAAUUAUGUAAUGGCCCUAUAGACAAGUCUUCCGUCAUCUUCCUCUUCUGCUAAGACUUCCUAUAAAGAAAUACCAGGUUUUCCUCUCCACUGACGCAUUUAAUAAAUAGUGGGCAUGUCUACACAUGCAUUCAUGUGCCGUAAUUACGGCGCAUUAACUUUAGUACCUGUAAUAACAAGUACUAACUUAAUGCACGGUAAUCAGUGCUACUGCACAGAAGUGCUGACUGCUGACACAUCUUUUAAGUGAUACUAAUGCAUGGUAGACUAAUUGUACUGCGCAUUUGUAUGGCUUUUGCCGCGAUGUGCUGAUGCACAAUAGAAUUAGUCUACUGCGCUUUUAGCAUCUUGUGUAGACAUGCCCAGUGUCUGUCCAGCUUAGCCUUGGGUCACUUUGUGGGUUCUGAUUAAAAUACACACAACACCACACCCAAUCUGCAUUAACGCGCGUGCAUCCUUGUGGCUUUCAUCUGACUUCAGCCAGGUCGCAUGAGGGAAGACAGGAGCACAACGUGUUCCAUGCUGUCGCCAAGUUUCCUGCCAGCUGCUUUUUGUCAAGAUCCCCAAGUGCUUGGGCACCACUAAGUGGUAAUAUUGCAGACUGCUGCUCUCAAAUAAUGCUUUUCCCCCUUUAGAGUAACAGGAGGUGAGGGAAGUCUUCCAGUCCAUCCUAGUAAGUUCCCGUACAGUGAAGUUGAUGUAAAAGAGCCAAAAGUCCUUUUUAUUGGCAUGCACUGUUGUGUGGUGCACUGAUCCUAGUGAGCUAGGGGCUAAGAAGAAAAGAACAGUCAACAAGCAGGCAGCUGGGAGAUGCUGUUAAAUCCUAUUCAGGUCAGAUCCUGCUCGCUCUGUGUCCCUGCUGGUAGUAGCGUCUGGUCCAAAGUCUGCUGAAGUUAGUAUAAAGCAGUGAUUCUCAACCAGAAGCCUGUGACAUCCUGGGGUGCCUUGAGAUCCUUUCAAGGGUGUCCCAGG